GAAUGGAGUAGUAGUUAUGGCAUUCUAUGCGGAAAUACUGAUUUCUAAAUCCACUUGGGCUCUUUAAAAGGAAAUAAAAAUGGUAGCGCCAGAAGGAAAAUGAAUAGUUAAUUGUGGAGGAGGAGAAAACCUAGCUCAGUACUUUGACUAGAGGCAGCUGGGGAAGUGACGUCCUGUAGCAUUUGCUGUUCUAGAAAGUGCAGAGACACGUAGUGAAAAUGGGAGGACCCAGAAGGAGGCCGUCUCCCGUGUAGUGUAUAUUUAUCUGUAAGUGAGCUGUUGGAGAAGGAAUUAAAUACAGAGGCGCUGUCUGCUUGCUGCCUUAAGACAGCGAAGCUGAAUUGCUGAUUUGCUUUAACUUUUAAAACCCCCAGCUUGUUUAUUUUUCUUAGAAUCAUUGUAUUGCUAAGACUGGGGACGCUGUUUUCUUUCACAAAGGGAAAUCUAAGUUCAUUUCAAGGCGUUCGAAAUGGGGAAAGACUAUUAUUGCAUUUUGGGAAUCGAAAAAGGAGCUUCAGAUGAAGAUAUUAAAAAGGCUUACCGCAAACAAGCCCUCAGAUUUCAUCCGGACAAGAACAAAUCUCCUCAGGCAGAGGAAAAAUUUAAAGAGGUCGCAGAAGCUUAUGAAGUAUUGAGUGAUCCUAAAAAGAGAGAAAUAUAUGAUCAGUUUGGGGAGGAAGGAUUAAAAGGAGGAGCAGGAGGUUCUGAUGGACAAGGAGGUACCUUCCGGUACACCUUUCAUGGUGAUCCUCAUGCCACAUUUGCAGCAUUUUUUGGAGGUUCCAACCCCUUUGAAAUUUUCUUUGGAAGGCGGAUGGGUGGUGGUAGAGAUUCUGAAGAAAUGGAAGUAGAUGGAGAUCCUUUUAGUGCCUUUGGAUUCAGCAUGAAUGGAUAUCCAAGAGACAGGAAUUCUGUGGGGCCAUCCCGCCUCAAACAAGAUCCUCCAGUUAUUCAUGAACUUAGAGUAUCACUUGAAGAAAUAUAUAGUGGUUGUACCAAGCGAAUGAAGAUUUCUCGCAAAAGGUUAAACCCUGAUGGAAGGAGUUACAGGUCUGAGGACAAAAUUCUCACCAUUGAGAUUAAAAAAGGAUGGAAAGAAGGCACCAAAAUUACUUUUCCAAGGGAAGGAGAUGAAACACCAACUAGUAUUCCAGCAGACAUUGUUUUUAUCAUUAAAGAUAAAGAUCACCCAAAAUUCAAAAGGGAUGGAUCAAAUAUAAUUUAUACUGCUAAAAUCAGUUUACGAGAGGCAUUGUGUGGCUGCUCAAUUAAUGUGCCAACAAUGGAUGGAAGAACCAUACCUAUGACAAUAAAUGAUAUCGUGAAACCUGGAAUGAGGAGAAGAAUAAUUGGAUAUGGGCUACCGUUUCCAAAAAAUCCUGACCACCGCGGUGACCUUCUAAUUGAAUUUGAGGUGUCCUUUCCAGAUACUAUAUCCUCGUCAUCCAAAGAAGUACUUAGGAAACAUCUUCCUGCCUCAUAGAAUGAGGAACUUUGUUACCCAUAUUUUGAUAAGGCACUGAAAAUACAAAAGGACUGGCCGUUUACUGAUGUAGAUGUGAAUUCUGUAUAAAGACAUGUAAAUUAUUUUGAGAGUUCAUUAAAUUGCAUGAAUAGAGACGGGUCAAAUAAGUAGGCAAAAGGGAUUUUUACAGUUGGAGAUGAAGAGAAAACCAUUCACUAUAUUUUAUUUCAUUUCUCCCAAGUCAGAAAUUUUUAGUAUUUUGUUUACAUGUGAAAUUUGUUUUUUGGAGUUAGUAGAUACAUUUCUAAUAAAGUGCUAGGCUCUCCAAGUACUUUAUUUCUUGUAUCUUUACAUUAUCAGUAUGAUAGUUUCUCAUUUAUAAUGGAAAUUUAAAUUCUUAACUGAACUAUACACUUGAUAGGUAUUUCUAGAAAAUAAAAACCCAAGUCACUUGGAAAUCUGGUUAGCUAGAUUAAAAUCACCAUAUGAAAUGCUGCUAUAGGGCUGGUACCCAUAAAAGAAUAUCCUAAUGCAUUUGUUUCAUCAUUUUCAUUUUAAAAUUAUACUGUAGCAUUUCUUGAUAACAUAGCUGUAAUGUUCUUAAGGCAGACCUAUUCUUCAUAAAAAGGAAAUUAAUGGCAAUUUAUCUCCUGUGGAAAUCCCAAUUGCCUGUAUUACUGAUAUUUUAGAAAUAGGUUGUUUUUAAAAUACCAUAUGUAAUUUUAUGCAAGUUGACUAUAUAUCUUGGACUUAAUAAAUUAUAGGUACAUUUUAUUGUCCACUAGUUAAAAAUAAUUUGUUUGAUAAUAAAUGUGUUUUUAGAGGAAAUAUUGUUACUUGGAAUUAAUUUUCCAAUUACACAGUCUUCUGUAACUUACUCAUAAUAUGCUGUAUGUACCUUAUGCAAUUUCCCUAAAAAGAAUGAACUACCACUAUGGUGUUAAACCAAAAUAUGGGGAAAAUAAACACUAACUGCUGCUUAUGAAUGAUGUUGCUACUACUUGUUAUGCAUAUAAAUAUUUUACUUUUUCCCUAUGUAUAGGUUGCAUUCUUAGGUGUUUUAAUUUUUUAAAUAUAUUUACGUUUAAAAACUUG